AGCCGCCGCCGCCGCCGCCGCCGCCGCCGCUGCUGCUGCAACUGAUGCGCUGGGCAUAAGGGCGGACGGGCGGGAGGUGGCGGCGGCGGCUGCUGCUGCUGGCCCUUUCCCACUCCUCCUUCUCCUCCUCCCAUCCUCCUCCUGGGCCGGCUCCAGAGUUGGGGAAGCGCCUUCUUCGCCAUGGCCACCAGCACCACUGGCUCCACGCUGCUGCAGCCUCUCAGCAACGCUGUGCGGCUGCCCAUAGACCAGGUCAACUUUGUAGUGUGCCAACUGUUUGCCUUGCUUGCUGCUGUUUGGUUUCGAACUUACCUUCAUUCAAGCAAAGCUAGUCCAUUUAUAAGGCACGUUGUUGCCACCCUUUUGGGCCUUUAUCUUGCACUUUUUUGUUUCGGAUGGUAUGCCUUACAUUUUGUUAUACAAAGUGGAAUUUCCUACUAUAUCAUGAUCAUUAUAGGAGUGGAAAAUAUGCACAAAUAUUGUUUUGUUUUUGCUUUGGGAUACCUCACUGUGUGCCAAAUUUCUAGAGUCUAUAUCUUUGAUUAUGGACAGUACUCUGCUGAUUUUUCUGGCCCAAUGAUGAUAAUUACACAGAAGAUUACAAGCUUGGCUUAUGAAAUUCAUGAUGGAAUGUUUCGAAAGGAUGAAGAACUGACGCCGUCUCAGCGAUGCUUGGCUGUGAGACGCAUGCCAAGUCUACUGGAGUAUUUAAGUUACAACUGUAAUUUCAUGGGUAUCCUGGCAGGCCCGUUAUGCUCUUAUAAAGACUAUAUUACUUUCAUUGAAGGCAGAUCAUACCAACCGACUCAGUCUGAAGCAAAUGGGAAAGAAGAGAUAAAAUAUGAAAAAACAGAUCCCUCUCCAAAUACAGCUGUGGCGCAGAAACUCGUAGUGUGUGGACUAUCGUUAUUAUUUCACAUGACUGUUAGCCAAACUUUGCCAGUAGAGUACAACAUUGACGAUCAUUUCAGAGCUACAGCAUCAGUACCUACAAGGAUUAUCUACCUGUACCUGUCUCUUAUGGCUGCCAGACCCAAAUACUAUUUUGCAUGGACUUUAGCUGAUGCAAUCAAUAAUGCAGCAGGGUUUGGUUUCAGAGGCUAUGAUAAAAAUGGAGUCUCAAAUUGGGAUUUGAUUUCAAAUCUGAGAAUUCUGCAUAUAGAGUUUUCAACAAGUUUCAAGAUGUUUCUUGAUAACUGGAAUAUCCAGACAGCUCUUUGGCUCAAAAGAGUAUGCUAUGAGCGAGCCUCCUUUAGUCCAACGAUACAGACUUUUAUUUUGUCAGCAAUUUGGCACGGGGUAUAUCCAGGAUAUUAUUUAACAUUCUUAACAGGGGUGCUAAUGACACUUGCAGCACGAACGAUAAGGAAGAACAUUAGGCACCACUUCAUUGAUUCUCUAGCCACCAAAUUAUGCUACGAUAUUAUGACGUGGAUGACAACUCAAGUAGCAAUAAGUUAUACGGUUGUACCAUUUGUACUACUAUCUGUAAAACCAUCUAUCAAAUUCUAUAGCUCCUGGAAUUUCUGCCUCCACAUUGUCUGCAUCUUAGUGUUGUUGAUAUUUACAACAAAAAGAACUCAGAAAGGAAGCGAAGAGCAAGAAGACAGCCAGUCCUUUUGUUCAAAAAAGCAGGAAGAAGAAGAAGAAAGCGUUAUGGGACAUAACAAUUAUUCCACAACAAAUAAUUUCAAUCAAAAACGGGAAAUCACACAGAGAAAUACAACAACAAAACAAUGAUUAGGAGAUGUGAUGCUGGAUAUAUUUUAUAUUUUCAGAACCCAUUUAUAGUACCUUUUGAAGGGGUUUGUAUUUGUCUGAAAAGAUUAUUAGUUAAAAAAAAAAGCUAUAUCCCUAGGGAAUAUUGAAUACACUAGUAUAAAUGGAAACGAAGGAAAUUAACCUCUCCCGUGCCAUGCUCCUGUGGAUCACGCCUUAUAGAAAAAAAAUUACCAUUAUUUCAGUGGGCACUCAGGAUUUACUGUGUGUGUCCAUCAGGUUUUAGGUGUCCUCUUUGCUGAAUGUACUUUCUGUAUCACAAGGCACCGACGGGGGUGAAGAACAAAUUGUGUCAAUCCAGAUUAACAACAGAAUAAUAUUUUUCCCCAGCAAAUGCCUUGCCUUAAACCCUCGAUCUAUUGAAAUAAUGUUUCUAAGUGCUAUUUUCAUGUUUAAUAUUAAAUAUGGGAAGCAUAGUUAAAAUGUAGGCUUUCUGGUGCUGAAGGACAAAAUAUGAAAGUGAAAGCAGAAAGUUCGCUGGAGUUUGAAGGCAUUUCAAUAAGCAUCUCAGUAUUUGGAGGGUUUUCUUAAGAGUAUCAGGUGAUCGUUCUAGACUGCAAAUGUUGCCAAUGCUAAAUUAUAGGAAGUUUUUGUUUGACAAACACGCUCAUUACAAAGGAGUUGUCUGCCACGCACCCCCAGAUAUUUUCUGAACUUGAAAAAUGUACCCCUGUCCAGAGCAAAAUACCCUAGUUUUGUUUCAUUUUGCUCUUUCAAUCUGUGUGAGCUUUGCUAUUAGGUACAUGAUGGCAUUUGCAGAGUUACACCCUUCCCGUAAAAUUCCUCCUUGUUGUUAUGUACAAACCAUUUUGCAAGGGGUGACCUUAAGAUACUGUCACUUGGAAACUUGUUCAGAGAUGUGAAGAAUUAAUGCAAGAAGGUGCUUAUGAUAUAAGUAUAGCCAGAUUAUUUUAUGGUUAUAACUCAGUUUAUAUUAAACAAAAGAUGAAAUUGUUAAAUAAAAUAGGUAUUGUGUAGCUCAUCUUCAACAUUACAUGACCUGUAACACUGGAAAGCUUGUGGCUCAGAUGACUUUAAGCCAGUAGUUUGGAUGUGGAGAUCAUACUGUACCCUUUUGAUAAAAUAUUCCUGACGGUUCUGUUUCCCCCCCUGGUUUUUUUGGAAACGUCUAUCAAGGGAAAUGAUAAAUACUGGUCACUUUAGUGUGAAUAUGAGUAUUGCUAAAGUAAUGAAGUACUAAAGGGCUAUAAUUUUACAUUUGCUUAUUCUGCAUAACUUAAAAAAAAACUCUUAGUGAAUGCCGCAGCAUCAAUAAUGAAAAUCCAGAUAUUACUUUAACCAUAAGAUUAAUUUUAUUUCUGAUAAUGUUUUGUGCUUUAAUUGCUGUGAAGUUGAUGGCUGAUUUUUUUUCUCUUAAAUGAGCCUAGAAGGUAAGGUUAGAUCUUUGUUGGUGUCACGUAGAAAACAAAGUAUCUGGAUACAGAAUGGACAUCAGACUCAUUGAUCUACUCUUGAAUCAGGAGUAAGAAUAGGACAUUCUGCUACUUCAGAAUGGUCUUGGAUUUCUAUUUUUUUUUAAUGAUGUGCCUCUCUGAUAUACUGGAUAUUUGACUACCGGUAACUUCUGUUAUGAAAGCUAACAAAUGUUUAUUAGAUUGUUUAAAAUGUUGGAAAGAGGUAAAGCAGGUAGCUGUGCAUAUUGAAAAGGCCUUGAGUAAUGACAAUGUCAUACAAAAUUGUAGUACCAUUAAAAGAGAUGUGAAUGUGUAUGAA